CGAUUAUCUCCAUUUCAACAAAGAGGACGGCAUAUGAUAUACAGGUCGUGACGUGAGGCUAAUUUUGAUAAGGGUGGGACUGACUCUUGGUGCUGUAAUAUGAGUUAUGUAUGGGAGGCGAGGGGAGCCAUUUUGAGAAAAAGCAAGAUCCGAGAAGGACACGCUGUGAAGAGAACGAAGGUGUUGAGUAUCAUGGCACUAGCAACAGAAGAACGAGAGCAUGGGCAACUUGCUCCAAUGCAAUGCGUUCAAUCACGCCAAGGACCAGGGAGAGAUAUGCUUCAAAAAGGUUUCUGUCUUCUUCUCGAUAUGAACAGCGACUGCCGUUCAGCCAUCCAUCCAUUGAUGAAUCCCACUCAGCACAAUGCCCUCCAUGUCUCAAGCCAAUACAAUUCGUACCAGCCAUACAGCUGAGAUCAGACAGUCCGGUCUCUGUCAAACAAACACUGCACUUUCCCAGCCCAUCUUCUUCCCAUGCACGCCUUCCUAACAGUCCCGCUUUUCCAUCUCUGCCAUGCUGCCCCCUCCAUCCUCUCAAUGCAAAGUACCAAAUGCAGCCAAGAAGAAAGCAGACCGUAUGCUCGCGAGACAGUCGGACCAAAUGCAAAAGUUGUGCCCAGGGGGAUUAAGACGGAAGUAUGGGGAAUAGAGAACAGGAAGCGAAACAAGUAUUCAUGGAUUUCAAUUCGAAAAAUUUCGAUGCUGCGGCGCCAUGGAUAUGUACGUUCUGUGAUGUGAUGUGUGUUUUUCGAGAAUCGAGUUUCGUUCGAGAGCCUCCGAAGAGGGAGAAUCGUCGUCGGG